UGAAACGAAACGCAAUUAUCUGUCGAGUUGGGUGAUGACAGCAGCGAGUUUUGACAAAUUCUCGCUUUUAAUUUCUUUAAAAAAGUCAAAACGGGUUAAAAAUAAUGAGAAUUAAUGAAAAUAUCCACCGUAAUUAACUAGCAGUCGCGAUAUAAUUGUAGUAUCCGUAUGUUUGAUGGAAAUUAAUUUACGUGAAUAAGUGGGUGGAUUCCGUCUGCGCUAAUAAGCGGAUUGUUAUUUGUGUCAUGCCCGCAAAAUCGACGGAUUGUGCUGAUGAUGAAAAGCAGAUGAAAAAUGAAGGGUGUCGAUAGUGCGACAGGAGACCGUGAAGGAAUGACACACAAACCGAUUGUUACAUGUGCGGGAGAUUGGAAUUUAUUUUGCACGUUAGAGGCGCCCCUAGUGGCCGCCAUCCCACAGGACUCAUGUGAGUGGAGGCGGUCCUAUGGCCGGGCUACCAAGUCCGUCUACCUGGAGGCCUCUUUCACCAAGUAUAAUAAGGACAGAGUGCAGAAUGAGCUGAAUUUGUUGAAGAAACCUAUAUUUCAUAUUUAUUGGACUGACUGUGUGGACAUAGAAUAUUACAAAACAACUCUUAGAGAAGACAUAGAAGCAUGGCUGAAACAACUAGAGAAAAACGGAAUAACGGAUUGGAUGAUAGUCCUAGUAGAAACUUAUGACAUACGAAAAACAAACAAAUUAUUACCGAGGACUACGGUCUUGGACAAAAUUAAGGGUGAUUUUGGCGUGAAACAGACGGAAGAUAGAUUUAUUUCUGUUAUUAAUCCUAUCAAGUCCGAAGCAAGGAGUGCGGAGUCAUGGAGGGCGUUGGUAGCGAAGAUAAGGCAUUUUGUAUUAGUUGCUUAUAAUAAAGCCUUGAUAAAGUUUGAGGAGUACAUGAGAGAGCAACGAGAGAAACGUAAUGAUCCGGAUUGGGAUUUUUGUAAAUAUUUUAUUUUGCAGGAACAACUAGCAUUUGUACUUGAAAUGCUAGGCUUGUAUGAUGAGGCUCUAGUCCAGUAUGAUGAAUUAGAUGCUCUGUUCUCUCAAUUCGUACUCAAUUCCAAUGUGACAGAGAGUCCAAAAUGGCUUGACACGUUUAGACAACCGGUCACAUCUUGGCAGGCGGUCAGACUGACUGCUCUAGUGCCCCAACACCUUCGAGAACUGAUUAUAAAGAAUAAAGCUUCGUUGUUGGAUUUUAGAAGCUAUUUGUUUCAACGUCAAAGUGCCAUGUUACUGCCUUCAUCGAAACCUUGGGAGAUCGCCUCCCGAUGUCUCUCAACAGUACACAACACAUUAGUAGAGCUAUCUCUGCUCGGUGCCACGGCCGUGGAAGGCGCCGCGGCCUGCUGGGCGCAGCUCGCGUGCGCGGAGACGUUGCGCGCGUGCGAGCGGUUGGCUGCGAACAAUAAUGCGCUUGAUAUGUGCACUGCUACUCAGGCUCCGCUGCUGCAUAAUGCCAAGGAUAAGCUACACGAACUAGGCAAGCUCUGCGGCCUGCUCCCUGGCUCUCCAGAGCCGACAUCGGAACAGCUGCACCUGGUGGUCAUGUUGUCAGCGGGGAUGGGAGACAACGACAACAACAACCAGCAACCCACACCCACUGACAGACUGAAGGAGGCGUUGUGUAGCAAGACCAGCUUCCAGCAGUAUUAUCUGGAGCUUGCUGAGUUAGCUAUGGGGACUUAUAAGCAUAUUGGAAGGUUAAGAUUCGCCCGCCUAAUAGGCCGUGACCUAGCAGCGUUCUACUCGGAGUUGGGCGAGACUGGCAAGGCGGUGGUGUUCCUGAUGGACGCGCUGCGCUCCUACGAGGAGCAGGGCUGGAGGGACCUGGCGGCGCAGACCAGGCUCGAACUUGUCGCCGCUGCCAAGAAGAUGAAUGAUAUGGAUAGAUACACAAAGCUCUCAGCAACAAUAGCAAGUACAGCGGAACUAGAGAUACUAGUCAGAAACUUUUAUUUCGAGGAAAUGAUGAAAUCUAUACGCGAAGAACUUUGCAAGAAGUCGGAGACUGUACUGACGGAGCUGAACGAAUGCUUCAAGAUCGUAUCAGCCAGCUUGGUACCAUCCGAACGUGGUGUUUAUAUCACUGACAAUAAGGUCCAAUGUCGCAUGACGGUUGUUAGUUAUCUGCCGAAAGAUGUGACUUGUACCAGGGCAGCAAUAAGUAUAGAGCGGUGUACGGAGGAUAGGACGGACAGACGGACGCCUGUCAAAAGUUAUAAGACUGAUUUAAGUGUUAGCAGUAGUGUAGCGUCGCCUCGACGGGGCCCGGCCGAGGCUGACAAUGAAACUACUAACUUAAUUACAAGCAUAAGACUGGACGAUUUAAAACCCAAGAACCCACUAUUAAACCCUUUGCACAUAACCUCACAAAUACACUACAAGGAAGAUAGAUCCUUACAAAAAGUCACAGUUGAAUGUCAGAACCCAAAAGUGACUCUUAAGCGGUCAGACAGUUGCAAAUAUAGAAAGCCUUCAGCCACAGUAAGGAACAACUAUGAAAACUGCUUCUCCGUAACUAAUAUAACGUUAAAACCAGGUUCAAAUGACCUGGUGCUAGAUUUUGUGGCGACUAAAUGCGGGAUCUUCAAACUUGGUCAAGUAUCGCUGGUGAUCGAAGAAAAAUUGGAGUUCCUGUCCAAUGUUCUGAUUGGAACGAAGAUGGGAUGUGAGAUUGUGACUCAGGGUGUGAACGUGUUCCUGAAUAAGGUGGAAGCUAAGAAGGACCUGGUGGCUGGACUGGAACAUGCUGUGGAGCUGGUCGUCACCAGUGGGAGCUCGCAUAUUGAGGAGAACACAACAAUACUGCUGAAAACGUCAUCAGGCCUCCUCACCAGGUUCGCUGACGACGACACGGCGAUGUCUCGCGAGCUGAACAUCAAGAUCCCCGCUAUGGAACCGUUCCAGACUACUAAGGUGCCGCUACGGCUGUUCGCGAUGCUACAACCUAGGAAGGAGAAGAGUAUUGAGCAUUCUGUCUGGCUAACAUGCCCCUGGCGGGAAGCGGUGACGGAAGUGCCGUUAGACUUCACCCCGCCCAUGGUGGCAUCAUGGCGACUGCUCACCUCGAACACGAGGAAAUUCAUCCAUAUAACCCUGAAGUCCACUGUAGUACAUCUAGUGCAGUUCGCUUUGACAGACCCGAAGCUAGAAUGUGAUGGGAACAACAAUAUGGUCGCUGAUUUGAACCCUAAGAACUCUGAUCAUAUGAUGGUAGCCUCAGACGGUACAACAGCGUCAUUUAUGUGGGAGCUACUAAAGGAUCCCCUCGUCAAAGGAGGUCCAAUGAAAGCGACCUUCUCAGUGCACUACCGACCUUCGGACGUGGAAGGUCCAGGCAGACCAUUCACAUGUCCCUUCGAUAUCCAGGACUAUACCACGUUGUUCGUUAUACGGACCAAGUUGGAACCCAGUAAGGGUUCUGACUUUUGUAGAGCUAGCCAGAUGUGCUGUUUGCAGCUUAGUGUGCAGAGGGUGAACGAAACUGAGUACACGUCACUUAUGUACGAAGUGCUUGCUGAUCAGACAAUGUGGGCGGUGCUGGGCCGUACUGCAGGGGUACUGACGAUGGAGUGUACGAGUACGGACCCUCAGAACGUGACGCUGGACGUGAUGCCGCUAGUAGCUGGCUACCUGCCGCUCCCCACUGUCCGACUGUCCAAGUACAUCGCUGCUAAUACCAAAGAUCCAAAGAAGGAUAUUACGGCGCACCCUCGGCUAGAACCGUUCAGCCCUGGUCAAGUCUACCACGCGGGCAAAGCGAAGCAAGUCCAUGUCUUACCACCUAUGCCCAAGGAGCACCUAGACGUCAUAGCUAACUAAACGUAAGUCAUAGACCAUAACUCUAUGAGCUUUAUAAAUAAACUCGCUAGAUUUUAUAGAAAAAAAUAUAAACAAUAAUUUCCAAGCAUUUAAAAGGCAGUAAAAAUAUUUGCGAGUUAUAUCUUGUCUUGGUAUAAAAACUUACUAUUUCAAAAAUCGACUAAGAAGAACAACACUAGAACUGUCAAAAUACAUAGAUUGUGAAAACAAAUACGUCCAUUGCGUUUUUUCGAAACGUUGUUACAUUGCCAGGCUCAAUAAAUAUGUUCUAUGUAUUCUUAAAUUUUAAUAUUUAAAUAAAUUAAUAAUUAUACCUACAUUGGUGUUUCGUGUUAGAGACAAACGAAUUAUUUGUAUGCUUAAAAGUAUUUUAAAUGUAUAUUAAAUAAUGUACGGCGUAAAAGACUAUAAAAUUCAUACUUCAUGGAUGUUAUUUGGACAUUAUUUUGAAUGAAACGUGGUUCUACACCUUUUGGCUUAGGCAUCUCAACUGUGAUGAUAACAGAAAUUGACCAUUAAGUUGUCAAUCUCAUUAAUAGAUUCUCAACUCUUUUCCAAAAGUAUAAGGUGGAAAAUGUAUUAAAGAAAUUCACCACUUAACGACCACUUUCUAUUGUUAUCUACGUUGGGAUUGCCAGCCUCAUUCAAUGUGCUCUUACAAAACGCACAAAACACACGUAAAAUAAUGCUCAUUAUAAUCCAUAUUAGAAGAAACAAACACUACCACUAUAAUCUAUUUGGAGUUAAUAAAAAAGCUUCGAUAAGUAUUAUGAAAAAAAUAUUUUCUUGUAAGAGAAUUAUAAAAAAAAUAUUAUGGUUAUGUCAUUGGUACGUUUUUAAGGAUUGACUGAAAUGUUUUUGCCUGUGCAAAAAUAGAAGAUCAGCUGCCGUGCAACGUAGCGCAGGUACGGUUCUCACACGGAUCAACACUUUGGGUGAUCUUGUAAAUUGUUGCUUCGAAUCCGGAUGACAAUGUGUCUGUGAAAUUAUAUUUAUGUGUAGGAAAGCCGCUCACAGAACCUUUGCUUACCAUUAGGUGAUCUGCCAAUCUGCUCGUUUACCGACAUAUAACAUAAAAAAGACUAUUAUCAUUAAAUCCUUGAAAACAUACCAAUGACAUAUACCAUUCAGUAUAUUAUGUAAGUAUGUGUAAUAGUACUGCUUACUGAAUUCUAUGUGACUAAGAAACGGACCACCACAUGUGAUACAUACGCUACGUGAGGUAUAUGGAUAUAUAUUAUUGUAAUCCUAUUAUAAUUGUUAUUAAAAAUUAUAUAUGGAGUGGUCUACGGCUAACAGAUUUGGAAGUGAAUUAAAAUAGUCAACCACCAUUAGGCGUUAGGCCUGCACAAUAGAUAAAAUUUUUGUUUCAUUUAAAACAUGUAGUAAAAAAAGGUAUAUUUAAAAACACAUACUUAAUUUUCAUAUUAGGACGUAGUACUAAACUUUUAACACUCAAAAAGGGAUAUUUUAUAGGUAUAAUAACUGAUACGUUCUUUCCAAAUUGACUAAGCGUUGAUCACUCCAUCUAUGUAAUACAUUCUUGCAGUUACAUUUAUUAUUGCUUUGGCUUUGUUCAUAGGAAAAAUAAAUCACAAUUGUUCGUUUGCUGUUAAAACAUACCUCUUAUAAUAGUGGUAUAUAGUUUAAUAACAAAAUGGGACUAUAGUGUGGAUAGGUAAAUUUGCUUCCCCACCCAAAAUAUACAGCCAUUAGACAACAUUUGAGAUUUAUUUUUUCAACCCUUGUGCCAUAUUAUUUCAAAUACUAUUCUUAUUACUUCCAAAACAUAAAAUUCCUUAUUAAAAUCUUCGAUAUAUCUACAAAAAAGA